AUGGACUUCGAUUUCGUGGACGAGUGCCGCCCCAACUUCCGCUUGCAAUCCAAUGCGGGUGUUCCACCCCAGCAAGGAGAUCCCACCGUGGACAGGAGGCACGCCGCCAUCUGUGUGAUCCUAGGUAUGUCUGUGCUGCUUUGCUGCGUGUGGGUGGCGGCGUGGUCGGCGAUUGCGCAGCUCGUUGCAGCCUGGAUAGCAGUGUCGCUCAUUCUGGGCCCGCUUGCUCCCAUUUCUCUCACGGCUGGCGAUUGCAGCGUCGGCCAGGGUGCGAUCGUUGCUCCUCUCGACCCAUCUCCAGCUCCUCUUGCUGUGGAUGCCGCCGCGGACAAGAAGAUUUCUAGAUCCAGGAAGCAUGCCAGGGCUGCCAGGGCUGUGGAUUCGUCGCCACAAGUCGAUGGAACGGGAGGGAUCCUAGAGGCGCAGGAAGGAAAUGCUAGCUGGAAUGGGACGGGGGAGAGUGACGGCGCAGUCGUGGAAGGGGAGUGGAGUGAGGAGGAGGUUGCAUUCCUGAGAAAGCAGCUUGCCAAGCACCCGAGAGGAACAGCGAGAAGGUGGCAAGUGAUCGCCCAAAGUUUCGGCGGUUCUCGCACGGUGGACAAUGUAAUCCAAAUGGCAAAGGCUCUGGCAGACAAGAAGCCUGGCGACGACGAUGCGUAUGCCAAGUUCUUGGCACAGAGGAAAGUGUCGAGCCGGCAGAUAUCAUUGGAUCUCAGCCUGAGAGAGGAGGAGUUUGAGGAGGGAUGGCAGCUUGUGGACGAGGAGGAUGAUCCUUCUCCUGCCCCUGGCGAUGCAGGGAGCGUCGCCUGGUCAGAUGGUGAAGACAAGGCGUUGCUGUCUGGUCUCAAAGCAUUUCCGAAGGGCACACCGUCGAGGUGGGACAGGAUACAGGCCACGGUGCGAGGCCGAAGCAAGAGCCAGUGCUUGAAGCGUUACUUGGAACUCCGAGAUGGCUUUCGGAGCUCAAAGCUGCGAAAAGAAAGUUGA